AUGUCGACACCAGAGGGCCAUCGGGGAGAAGAAUCGCAUUUUUUAAGGAGAUUUCUCACUAUCGCAGGCGCUUCGCUUCGAGUGGCAGGCCGACCUUUCCUCCAGAGGGUUUCCCGGAGCAGAAAUACCGAAAACCCGGUUGUCCUUCCCGGGUCAGAAAUGAAUCCGGAAUCGCGUGCGCAUUUCGAAUCGGUUGCCAUGGCCGGAAUGUCAGAAGCUACACAGCGGCACGAGGACCGUAAUUUCGAUAUAUUUGAUUGGUAUCCUCGUUACCAGAGUUGCCAGAGAUAUUUUCUUGAUCGCGCUCAGCACAGCGUUCCCGUUCAGGCUCUGUCCUCAUUUCUGAAUAUACUUCUUCCGUUUCAAAGACAACCAAACCCGGUGUUCAAUUCUGCAGCAGAUGCAGCUCAGUGUCGGCCCCAGUCGCCAGGCCCUGUUACGCCCACUUCUGUACCGCCAAGUGUGUCCCUGGUCCCUUACAUUCGUCGUUUAGUCGCGACUGGAAUGGACUACCCAGGCGUCCUACAUGGAUUCUUUGGCGACGAUUGGGUGACUGGAAUCGGACCUUUACAUGAACAGGAGCGUCGAAACUAUCUUUUUGCUGCCAAAAGCGGCGGAUGGGCAGCUGUUAAACGCGAUUAUGAUAUCCAGCCGCUUGAAACCAUUCCAUUCCUACGGCCGCUCCAGAGUCCUGUUGACUCUGAGAUUGAGGCCGCAGAAAGGGGCUGGAGUGAGUGGCUUGCAAUGGAAGAUUGGAUGGUUGGACCCCGUGCGCCUGAUGCGUUUAACGAGUCUUCACCAUCGUCACGGUCACGAAGUGCCUGA